ACCCAGUUUGAUUCGCCUUCUCAUAGUAUCAACAAUGGCAGACAUUGACGAAGAUACCGUAGCCCAUUACUUUUACAAAGGCGCGGAAGUUGAAAUCAGCAGCAAAGAAGAAGGCUUUCAAGGCUCGUGGUACGCGGGUACUGUCCUUAGCCACAGGAAAUCGAAGAGGAAUUCUUGCAUGAAGGUGCUAGUGAAGUACAAAACCCUGUUUAAGGACGAUGGCACGCGGCGGCUGAGGGAGGAGGUGGACGUGUUACAGCUUCGGCCGGCCCCUCCGCGGGAGAAUCGCUGUAGUUUCGAGUCCAGUGAGAAUGUGGACGCCUAUUACCAUGACGGGUGGUGGGAGGGUGUCAUAACUGAAGUAUUGAGGGAGGAUAAAUACAAGGUGUUCUUUCGGGGCAGCCGGGAGCAGAAGAACUUUAAGGCUUCCCGGCUGAGGCGCCACCACGAGUGGGCCGUCGGGAAGUGGCUCCCGCCGUUUGAAACAGGAUUCGACAAGUCGCCUCCAUUGAAGCGGCCAAAGGUUGAGGGAGUCUCAAUGUCAACUAAAGUAAAGCCCAAGAAAAAAACUGCUGACAAUAAUUUUAGCCCCGGAACAACUGUCAAAAUCAGAAGCGAUGAAGAUAGAUGUCAAGAUGCUUCAUUUGCUGCAACUUCUGUCAAAAAAUCAGGACCAUCGGAAGUUUCAGCGGCAACAGAAGUGAAGUCUAACAAAGAGAGAAUUUUAAAUAAUUUUUACCCUGGAGCACCAGUUGAAGUCAGUAGUGAUGAAGAUGGAUUUGAAGGUGCUUGGUUUCCUGCAACUAUUGUCAAAAAAUUAGGUAAAAACAAGUACCUAAUUGAGUAUCAAACCCUCAGGAAUGACAAUGAUACAGAAUUCCUGAGAGAAGAGGUUGACACAUCACAUAUAAGGCCAUGCCCACCUGAUAUUGAACUACUUGAUCGUUUUGAAGUUCUUGAGAAAGUUGAGGCUUUGUAUAAUGAUAUUUGGUGGGUGGGUGUAAUUUCCAAAGUUCGUAAAAAUGACAAAUACAAUGUAUAUUUUAGGAGCUCCGAUGAGGAAUUGGGGUUUAAUCACUCUCGUCUGAGGGCACAUCAGGAAUGGAUAAAUGGGAAAUGGGUUUUUCCCUCCCAGGCUCGCGAUUUGUAGGCAUCACAAGGAGAAUAAAAAAAGCUGCAAUUUCACUAAAUCUGUUAUUACUUUUUGAAGAUGUAAAUACUUUCACCCUCUUUGAUUGAAAUACAGGAGUUUAGAUAUACUCUUUUGUCGCUAAGGGCUAAUUAUGGUUUUUGCGAAGUCGUAAUGCAUCGGUCAGAAUUUGGUUAUUCAGGUUUAUUUACUUGAAGCAGCAAUGUUUUUAUCUGAAUUCCUAGUUUUGUACA